AUUGAAUACAUUACUACCUACUGUAUAUUCAAAACAUAUUCUACAAUUUCAUUACUAAAACCCUUAUAUCUUGUGUCAUGUAUAAUAUAACAUAUUGUGUGUCUGUCUCUGUAGCUUUAGUUUCAGUUAUCAUUGCAUAUUUUAUUUUAUCUAACAGUAAAUCAGUUUCAAUGGCCAACAAUGGAAUUAUAUUUGUGUCGAAUGCUGCCAAAGCCCACAAGCUAUGUUCAAAAGUAUCGAACCUUAUUAAGAGUGUAUUAUAUAUAAAAUUUGAUAGUGGCCCAGAGAGUACUCUGUCAAUUAUAAAUAAACAGAUUGUUAAUAUAUAUUCUAAAUGUUGGAUGUAUGAUGUCAGAUUAAUGCUUAAACCAAGGGACACACUAACAAAAAUAAAAACAAAUUAUCCUAUUCAAUUAAUAAUGUAUGAUAAAGAACUAUCUAAAGAAAGUGAUCAACUUGUAAAUUCUCUUGAUAAUGUUCAAACUGAAGUGCUGUUACAAAGUUUAGAUGAUGAAACUCCUGCAAUGGCAUCAUUAACAAAUGAAGAGGUAAAAACAUAUGAAUAUGUUGCACUUGGUGGAACAUUUGACAAAUUACACAAUGGUCACAAGAUUCUCCUGUCACAAGCUGCACUUAGAGCUACCAAGCAUGUCACAGUGGGGAUAACUGAUGUAAAUAUGAUUCAGUCGAAAAUUCUGUGGGAGCUGAUACAACCAGUUGAGCAAAGAAUAAAAGCUGUUCUUGACUUUCUGACUGAUAUAAACCCUGAUCUUGAAUAUAAUGUGUUGCCUAUACAAGAUCUAUAUGGACCCACUAAACAUGAUCCUAGACUGCAGCUGAUAGUAGUAAGUGAAGAAACAAUUCGUGGAGCUGUAAAAAUUAAUGAGAAGCGAAAUGAGAAUGGUCUCAACAAGCUAGAUAUAUAUACAAUAGGACUGGCUGAGGACACUAACAAACAGUCAACAGAGGAGGAAAAAAAAGUCAGUUCCAGUAAUCAACGUAUGCGAUUACUAGGAACUGUGUUAAGGGAACCUGAGCUAAAUCCAAAUAUUCCAGACUGGCCCUAUGUCAUUGGUUUAGCUGGCGGUAUUGCCAGUGGGAAGAGUAACAUCACAGAAAAAUUAAAAUUAAAAGGAGCAGCUGUUGUUAAUUGUGAUAUUAUCGCCCAUGAAUUGUACGAGCCAGGGUUACCAUUAAACCAUACAAUAGAAGAGACUUUCGGCCGUGACGUAAUCACCGAGAGCGGGGAAGUGGACCGGAAGAAACUUGGCAGUAUUGUCUUCGGUGACAAGGACCAGUUAGAGAAACUCAACCGUCUCGUGUGGCCGGCUGUUAUCGAAGAGGCUCAGAGGCGGAUCAAAGCGCUGGGUGAACAAGGAUACAAAGUUGUGGUGAUGGAAGCUGCGGUGAUGGUAAGGGCCAAGUGGUACACAUAUUGUCACCAACUGUGGUCUGUCAUCAUACCACCGGCAGAGGCAAUCAAGAGAUUAAAGGAACGUAACAAUUUGACAGAAGAGGAAGCCAAGCAGCGCGUGGACGCGCAGCCGUCGAACAAAGAACAAGUCGAUGUAGCGAAUGUUGUCUUCAGUCCGUAUUGGAGCUACGAAUACACGCAAACACAAAUAGAUAGAGCAUGGGAUCAAUUACAACUGUACCUAAAAAAAAGAAAAUAACUGUAACUGUUCUGUCUACAGUGGGUCUAGACCAGCGAUACUCAACUUCUCUAUAGGGACCAUAAACUCGUGUUAGUCAUGGGCAGUCACGCGGGCCGCAGAUAAAAAAUACUUAGGUUAUUAUUUCUUAGGUUUCGGGAUUGUUGCAAAUUAAAUUAACUAUGAACGGAUUUAUCGCGUAUAUUUUAACAUUUUUUUUAUUAUCAUUCAUGACGUUUCAAAUACUGCAGUGUCCGUGGCCACAGGCAGUUGUUUAUUUCAAAUUAUUUAGAUGUUAAUAAAGACCUUUGAAAUUUAAAAUAGUUAAAAAUAAAGUAACGCCAGAUGGGCAAACAACAAAAGUCCGGCGGGCCGCAGGUUGAGUACAGCUGGUCAAAACAAAGCUACUUAUCGAUUGACAAUUUCGGCCAAAAUGUCUGGUAAUGAAAUAUCUAUGCUAUUUAUCAUGAUCAACAGUUGACUUCGAAAUGGAAAUCACUUCUGCAAUUUUCAAAUGCACUUUGUUUAGCACCCUGGUGUAUUAUUGAUAGAUUGAUUGUGCCUAUAUAAUUCUAAACUAAAAGAAAUGUUUGUUUUUAAGAUAUAUAAGGUUGAUGGCAUUUUUGAAAAAGUUUUAUACUUGUUAUAUUUAUGUAUAGCCUAUUCCAAUCACAGGAGGAUUAAACAAUUUUGACAUCGAAUUGACGAGAUAUCAUUGUUCGAGAUCUUGUAUAAUCUAUGGUACUCAUAAUAGAUUCAUAAAAAAUGGCGUUUUGAAAGUGGGCGAUAUUUAUACUUUUUGAAGUAAAUUUAAAGUGGAAUUAAGUAGUAAGUGAAAUAGUAUUGUGUUAUAAACAAAAAUAUAUGAAUCAAGAACUGUUUGUAGUGUACAAAUACAGUAGAGCUUUUAUCAAAUUGCAUGGAGUAUUUAAUUGUAAGGUUUGUUUAUCUUUAGUCCUUCUUCGAUUGGAUUGGCUGUAGCUUAUUGCAAUUUGCAAACUAGGUUACGAAUGUGUUGUAUAAGCUAUCUGUUAACAUAAUCUUUUUGUCGAAAGAAAAGCCCUAAUAUAUUGUACGUUAAAUAUUUUUUUCUGUUACUUUUUUUAAAUGUAAUAAAAAGACAAUAACGUCCUGUAACUCUAAGAUUAAUUGGACUACUGGUUCCUUACAUUUGUAUAAAAUAUUUAUUAUUAUAAUCUAGCUUAUUUUUUCCAUCAUUAGUUGUCAUUUUUAAGUUAUUAAAUUAUAAUUAUGUUUCCCAAAAUUUUGAAGGUAAGCUUAAACAUGCCAUAGA